UUCCACUUCAAUUAAUAAAUAAUUCAUACCCUCAUACUCAGAGCAAAACUGUAUCCCCUGCUCUGUCUCUCUCUCUCUGGUGCAGAACCCUUGUAGCUGCUUAGAGGCUAAACCUUCAUCGAUUUCUCGGCGGCGAAGACGAGAUGAGGCCACCGAGGAGGCCAAUACAUGCGGUUUCGAUAUGGGUGAAGCGUCAGCCACCCAAGGUGAAGGCUUUCCUUGCCGUUGUUUCUGGUAUGGCUGCGCUUGUAUUUCUCCGCUUCAUCGUUCACGAUCAUGAUAAUCUCUUUGUAGCGGCUGAGGCCGUUCAUGCUAUUGGAAUCUCUGUUCUCAUCUACAAGCUUAUGAAGGAAAAGACUUGCGCUGGACUUUCACUCAAAUCCCAGGAACUAACGGCUAUAUUUUUAGCUGUUAGACUGUACUGCAGUUUUGUUAUGGAAUAUGAUAUACACACGUUACUGGAUUCAGCUACAUUGGUAUCAACCCUGUGGGUUAUUUAUAUGAUUCGUUUUAAACUGAAGUCCACUUACAUGGAAGACAAGGACAACUUUGCAAUAUAUUAUGUGGUGGUGCCAUGUGCUUUAUUAGCCCUGGUUGUUCAUCCCUCAACGUCACACAAUAUAUUGAAUAGAAUUUGUUGGUCUUUCUGUGUAUAUUUGGAAGCUGUUUCAGUUCUUCCACAGUUGCGUGUCAUGCAGAACACUAAGAUUGUUGAACCAUUUACCGCUCAUUAUGUAUUUGCAUUGGGAGUUGCAAGGUUCUUGAGCUGUGCUCAUUGGGUCCUUCAGGUCUUGGAUACAAGGGGACGCUUACUAACAGCUUUGGGAUACGGAUUGUGGCCCUCCAUGGUUCUCUUAUCCGAAAUCGUCCAAACUUUCAUCCUUGCAGAUUUCUGCUACUACUAUGUCAAAAGUCUUGUUGGUGGGCAGCUUGUGUUGCGUCUUCCAUCUGGAGUGGUGUAAAGCAGAAACUUACUUGUGUAGUAGAUUUUGAGUAUUUUUGCUGCCAGGAAUAACUUAAAAGUCAAAUUAGGAAAUGUGGGUAUUUGAUCUUUAGUUCCCUUUUGCACCCGAUGUGGUUUAUGUACUCUCUUCUCCAUCUUUCUUGCAGCUAUUAGUGGAAAAUGGGUAGCAGUGGUUGUAAAGUUGGGGAUGCAAGAGGUUUGGCAAAAUAUAUAAUUUAAGGGA